UCCACAUUACAUGGGAAGCACUGAUGGCUUUGACUCUGGCGUGAACGAUCUACUUAUUAAUAUCUAUGUCCUUACUUUCAAAUUGCUUGACGACCCGUCGUAAACCGACAUUCAUUGUCGUCAAGUCCGCAUGGCCAAAACAUGUCCCCCAUUGUAAAGCUUUAACAACAAUUUCCCCAAACGUGUGUUUUGAGGAUCUUUCGUUGGAUGUGAUUGCCUACGCCAUGUUUGUGUUGGUGGAGAUGGUGGACACAGUCAGGAUCCCUCCAUGGAACUUUCCGAGACAGCUCAACGAGGCUGUGUCCGAGGAGCUGAACAAAAAACUGGCCAAUAAGGUGGUCUACAACGUCGGCCUAUGUAUCUGCCUGUAUGACAUUACAAAACUCGAGGAUUCAUACAUUUUCCCCGGGGAUGGUGCUUCACACACAAAAGUUCAUUUCAGAUAUGUUGUUUUCCACCCGUUUCUGGAUGAGAUCCUGGUCGGCAAGAUCAAGUACUGCAGUCAGGAGGGCGUUCAUGUGACCAUGGGCUUCUUUGAUGACAUUCUCAUCCCGCCAGAGUCUCUUCAGCAACCCACGAAAUUCGACGAAGCCGAGCAAGUUUGGCUUUGGGAGUAUGAGACCGACGAGGGCGCGCACGACCUCUACAUGGACCAGGGAGAGGAGAUCCGUUUUCGAGUGGCAGAUGAGAUAUUUGUGGAUACUUCACCAACAGGCCCGACCACCGAUCCGCCACCCGCCCAACCUGGGCAGUCGACGGCGCCACCACCUACACAAGAUACCGGCGAGAAGAAAGAUGCGCCAUAUACUCUGAUAGGGACCAUUUGUGAGCCAGGACUGGGGCUGCUGUCAUGGUGGAACAAUUAGCAGGAGACGACGAAAACAGUGGCCAAUCAUCGUUUGUCAGGAAGACUUGGUGGCUGGAUCAAAACUUGAUUUUUGACUUGGUAAAGAAGUUAAGAGGAAUAUGUUUAUUCAGUUUUAAUACGUCAUGCAUUUAAUGACCAUGAUCCAUGAGUAAGCUUUACUUGGUACAUUUCACUUCCCUAAUCAGUGCCAAAUGUGUUGUGAAGUCAAGGAAGUUGAAUACCCCCCAAAUUAUUUUUUUUCUACUCUUUUGCUUUGGAUUGAAACAACAGAUUAGAAUAUUUAAGGUCCACCACGCACUGAGCGAAGUACUCGACCCCUUGUGAACGAUCAUGUAAUUUGGGGUCUUUGUAAACAAGUUCUGUCUCUAUUGACACUAUAUGAAUUGAACAAUGAGUUAAUGAAUGAAAAUCUAAAAUGGUUUAUUUUUACAGAUCAAAUGUAUUCUGUAUUUUUAAAAUGUACCUGACUUGGGUUGCGGACAUGCUGGAGCCGAGCCCAGCUGGCCAGUCAGAUUGAACAACCGCGGGGCACACCCCUGAAUUAGACCGAUCCCAUUCAGAUCUGCAGCUCGUCUAUCAUAAUUUAAUAGAACAAAAUGAGUAAAGAGAUAAUAUUUCUACAUUAAUUACUUGCAGUCGUAUGGAACUAAUUUUGCCCAUCCAACCUGAUGGAGCUUGAGAAGGGGCACAAAGAGGAAUGGGUGAAACUGCCUGAAAAUAGGGGUGCAAAUAUUGUGGGGCCAUGUUGACUUGAGGCUCUCAUUGCUACCAAAAGUGCUUCAACAAAGUAGUGAGCAAAGCCUGUGAAUACUCACUAAGUACAUGUGAUGUCUUAGUUUUUCAUUUUUUGCAAAAAUUUCCCACAACUUUUUUUCACGUCAUCAUGGAUUUUGACCCCUCACCCACCAAAAAAAAAAUCAAUUUUGGGAUGAGGCUGUAACAAUGUGUGGAAAAAAAAUGGAAUGCUGUGAAUAGUUUCCCAAUGCACUGUAUAUAGACAUUUAAAAAAAAUAAUAGCUAUAUUUAUAUUUUUUUAUGUGCCUGGAAAGCAAAGCGUCAAGAGUCUCUGUUGGCGAAAUGCAUGGGUGCAGUCAGUGGUUGGGGCCGCUUUGAAAUUGACAUGCUCUCUCUGUUUCCUCUCUUUCUGGCAUUCUGUUACUUCCUUGAAAAUUUCGCCAUGUUUUUGUGGUUCAGUAAAAAGCACAAACUGCGACAUACUCGAAAUAUAAUAAAUACAAAUACAGCGCGUCCGUCGAUGCGGGCUGCUUCAUCGUUUGGUGUACAGGUGGGAGUCGCUAAAUGUACUUUUUUUUGCGGUAUGGUCUGCUUUAAUCUGUUCAGCCCCGUCGCUCGUCGUGCCGCCGCUUAAUCGUGUGACAACUUGAUCAAGUUAUGUAAUCUGUGGGUCACGUUUAAUUUAGCAUACUGAAAAGAAGCAAUACUCACAGGACUCUGAAAUGAACAAAUAUUGUAAUAUUUAGGAUUUGUAUAGCGCUUGAAGUAGUAAAAGACAUUAUGACCAGAACAAAUGUCCUCAGCGUGAUGAUUGUGAUUGGUCACCGUGUGGUGACAGAACGCCAAUAGAGAUUAGCGACAAGCCUUUCCAGCCUCCAUUUUCAAGGACAUAUCGCAAUGUGUUUCAUGUGACCCCUGUGAGAUCAUUGCAUGCUUUUCUGAAUUGUCUGAUAAAACUAGGUCAUGAUUGCUUGGCCCCCCCCCCUUUAUAUUUAUAUUUUAAAGAGCAGAUAAAGCUUUCAUUUCACA